CUCACCACUCAGUGGUCCGCCCAACAGCAUUCAUCCUUGCACUUGUUCACCACACCAACAGCUCGAUGUGAGAAACCCAAGCGCCAAUCUGGGACUGCGAACCCUUCAAAUCUGAGACCCUCGGAGCUGCUUGCAACCACUCCGUACUUUGUACUUUGAUUCUUGGACCAUCGCGCUGAUUGCAGAUCUCCCAUCCAAUCCCCCCUGCUGACAUUUUGGCGACCGCGACCAAGUACCGAGUAUGCGACUGGACAGCGCCGUUCCCGCAGGCUGGUAGGAUACCAAGGUCUUCUUCCCCGCCACGGGCGCUGACUUCUUGGGACAAGAGCACGGCGUAUUACUUGAGAUUCCCUUCGUUCGCAUGUGCGGAAGGCCGUGUCUUGUCCACGCUCCGCCCGCUACCGCCGGAACCACCCUGUCUUGAGAUUCGACUAUGGCCAGGCAUCUUCACGCCUGAUGCCUCGAAACUUAGUGAAGAUUUUGCCUCUGCCAACAUUCUUGUCCAGCGUCUGAUGAAUCACAAGCCUGCCACUGCCUGAACCUGUGCAUCUCAAGGCCCUCGAAUUUCCCCCACGUGCCGAGGUCGAAGUGUUUCGAGGUUUGCGCUACACGAGAAAACGUGUCCCCAUCAUCGACCGCCCUGCCCACUAGUUAGCACCCGCGCACUCUUUGGCCUCUUUUCAUCUGUGGUCGGACGUCAACACUGGCUUCUUUUGCGACAGAUCUCUUUCCCGCACCCCUUCUUAUAUGCGCGCAAUCCGGCUGCUGCUCACCGGCUUAUCCACGAGUUAGCCAUUGAUUCGAUCUUGGACAAUCCCACCGCGGCCACAACUCCUCGAUCGAGGCACCCGCCGUCCUCGCACUUACCCGAUGUGGUGUCAGUCCGAGUGGAUGAGAUGCCACCAUGCAGAGCUAUUCUCUGUCAUCCGCGCCUCCUUCGGGCCCCAAGAACUAUGUCUUUGUCGAUGAACAUAACCGACAUAAGCGGCUCAAGGUGAUGAGAGCCUGUGAGGGAUGUCGUCGCCGCAAAAUCAAGUGCGACUCCGCCACAACCAACACUUGGCCUUGCGCCGCCUGUGUGCGGUUAAAACUCCAAUGCAUUCCUCCGGCAGGAGGACUCGACAGCGACUCCGGAGACAUCGCGCCUGGAAGCGCUGGCGACGAGACGACCGGACCGCCGUCAUACUUGGCCGCCCCAGUCGCACCUGGCCAACAACAAGCACAGAGCUAUGCGCCAACGGCGCCGGCCUUCCAACUCAACCAAGGGAACCCAUACUCAUACGAUGCGUACGUUACUAACUACCAGAAGCCGUCGUUUCAAGCCGCCGACAAGUCAUACGACAGCUUUUACUCGGAUUCCCAUCAAUUUCCAGGGACGGUACAUGAUCCAUAUCAGAAUGCGGCUCAAACGUAUGCCCAGACCCAAUAUGACGAGAAGCCUUUCAGACAAGAGCGCGCUGGGUCUUCCCCGAUCGACCAAUUCACCGCCGAAGAUCUGAUGGAGCACCUUGGCCAGUUGAAGAUUGGUGAGAGUGGUGUUGCGCCCUAUAUUCGAUCAGAGAAAAGCAGUAAAGAACUAGACCCUCCGAUUCAGGAACCCGACCCUGAACCAAAGAUUGCUGCUGCCUUCAGCACCGAUGCGGGCUCUCAGAUCAGAAUACCUCCGGCUCUGAUGCCAUCGCACGAGGACGCAAUGGAGGCAUUUGAGACGUACUUCAAUAAUGUUCACCCAUAUGUUCCGGUGUUGAACAGAGGUCAAUUUUACAACCAGUGGCAUGAUGACCAAUCAUCCAUAUCUCCUCUGAUCCUAGAGGCUGUUUUCGCCAAUGCCGGUCGACUAUCGGAUGAUCCAGCCCAAGGCGCACAGUGGCUUGCCUUGGCUAAUAAACACGAACCAUUCUUUCUGGACAGUCCGCGGCUGAGCAACCUUCAAGCUUUGUUACUUCUGCUGAAGGCCCGAGAGAGUGCCCCUAAAAGAGGAUAUUACUAUCGUUCAUGGAUGACUUGUAAAACGGCUAUCACGAUGGCAAAAGAUCUCGAACUACAUCAACACUAUGAAAUUCACUCCCUCGGAGAGUCAUGUGGUUCCGACCCCAUUGAGUGCCUGACCAAGACUCGAAUCUGGCAGACACUUCUGGUUUGUGAGACCAUGGUAGGGGGACCGCAAGGGCGAACCGAUUUCGGCGUCGAUCCGAACUCUGUUGAUAUCAGCGAGAACCCGCCCGGUUCUGAGCAAGACGAUUACGAAAGGUCGAUUUCGAGACAAUUUGCCUAUUUCGUCCGCAACGUCCGGAACAUUCGUCUCAUCACAGAUGUCCACCGCAAGCUGCAGAGGAAGAAGGACUGGGCCCUGGAUAAAGAGUUUGUGGCAUAUAACGCCUCCUUCCAGAAAUGGCCUGAUGAGCUCCCGCCCGACUUGCAGCUCCCCCUACCGCCUACGGGUGCGGUGCCCAAUGUGACUUCGCAUUUUCUGGGCAACAUGCAUUCUCAUUAUCACCUGGCAAUCGUAAUGCUCCAUCGGCCACAGUUAUCGGCAUCCCAAUCCUUCGCUGCUGAUAGUCAGUGGAGACACCACAUGAGUGUCUGUUACAACUCGGCCAAAAUCCUUUGUCGACUGCAAGAAGGAAUCUUGGCCAACUUCGAUCUGACGGGAUUGCUGGUCAUGCAAAGAGGGAUCAAUUUCACCAUCUACGCUAUCUUGACCUGCAUCAUGAUACAUCUGGUCGCGCUGUCUUCGCCGGACCCGGAGUUCAAUUUCGAAGCAAAGGACUACUUUGUGCGACAAAUGAGGAUACUCGAACGAUGCGUCUCAGCUUGGCCAAUGCCAGAAACGGAGGCUCAAAUCAAUGCUCUUCGAGCGGCAUUUUCGGCCGACGUCAACAAGCCCUUUGAAUUGAAGGAGUCGUUCCCUCAUGGUACGCCCUCUGAGAAUUCUCGACCGUCUCCCGUGUCUCCACCGUCCUACGAUAGACAACAGCCGCCGAUGCAGUCACAGGGCCAGAAACUCGUUGAUCUACAACAGUCGCAGCAACAGCAGCCGCAGCAAGCACAGCCUGGUCCCUACGCGGCACAGCACCUGGGCCAGAUGACGCGCCAGACUCCAUACCUCGCCACCCCGCCCAUUUCGGUUUAUACCGCCGAUUCAAAACCUCCGACCCCCAUGUAUGCUCAGAACUACGAACUGGAGCAGACACCCUACUCGAGCAUCCCGAGUUCCGCCGGUGGAUACUACCAGCAGCCAACAUCGGCGACCGAAAUCCAGUGGAAUCCAACGCCAAUCAUGGACCAAUUCGACACGGCGUUCGCCAUUCCUCCAUCCGCGCUGGCGCCCCCUCCGUCCUUGUACGGGGGCAGCGGUGCAUCGCCUCCGGGGAAUAUGCACUCCAUGCAAGCGAGCUUUACCUCGACGAGCUCCCCCACCUACGGGACGAAUUCGCUGCCGAGCUACACACCACAACAGCAGCAGACGCAACAACACUACUUUGCCGCACAACAGUCGCAGUCGUAUCAGGAUACAUCGCCGCAAAUGGCGUCGAAUUCGCAGCUGCCGAUGUCUGCCGGGACCGCCUAUGCCACAACGGGCGUGGGAGGGGCGGCUAUGCUCGUGACCCCUCAACAGUGGCAGCAGAGUGUAGCCAAUGUGAUUGACGCAAGCAGAUUGAAGAGGCGGUGGGAUUAUACUCAACAGUAGUAUUGUUUGUCUGCUUGUAUUCGGGUCAUGGAGUUGAAUGCAACGCGGCAGAAGUCUGGCGGUCUGCCCGACCACUCUCCCUCAUGCCCGUCCUUACAAGUGUAGAAUACGGGCGCCAGCUCCUUAGACACAACAACGACGAAUGAUGUUCUAAUGCAGCAGGAACCGUCCAAGGGAGAAGGUCGAAUACGGUCAACCUGGGCUUGGAUGAUAUCGUGUCCGUGUAUAUUUGCUGUUUCGGAUGGGCGCACACACAACUGCCCCAUACUCGAGUUAAAUGCGCACACCCAGGAAGAGGUCCGAACAUAUUACCCGCCCCUGCUCGUGGGGGAGGGUGUGCUCAUCAAGCCCCAGGCGCCAGGAUGAGCUGAAAGGAGAGGAGAGGAAUGAGCAACGAGAUAAGAGCACCGCACGAAACGCAAGAGGGAGGGAAAAAACGAAACAGCUAUAUACAGCUCGCACGGAUUCACGAGGUGAGCAAAGACUCUGAGCUGGGAGAUAAGAGACGAGAGUAGUGGCACCGACUUACGAUUCCGCCGGAAUUGCAGGACGGGCCGCAAAUACUGCAAAGGUGCAAUCAGUUCAGUGAGUUGGGCGAUAAAGGGGGACACCAAGUACGGAGAAGAUGCGUGUGUGUCGUCCAACAGAUAUAUACGAGAAGGAGGUAGGGAGUCAACCAAACAUGCCCUUUUCGAGCAGGUGGUUUCUGCUCUACGUUGUUUGCAGGCCGGAGGGAAGAUGAUGAUGAUGAUGACGAUGAUACUAGACCAGGGUAUCUGUGGCCGGCUGCACGACUCUAUGAAUUGCAACAUCCUCUCUUGACCUUAAUAA